AGUACAUAAAUUCUGUGUUUAGGAGGAAAAUAUUAUAUACACCAUGGCUGAAAAUCAUCUUCCUCAAGGAGAUGACGUUGCUCAGCAGGAAAAUAAUGGCUUUGGACCACUUUUCAAGCGUCGUGGGAAAACUGCUAUUGUCGCUUCAGUUAUCGCGGUUGUGAUUGUUGGCGCCAUGCUAUUCUUCACGGUGAAAGGGAAAGAGAAAGAGUUUCCUUCCCCGGUGUUUACAGUAGCCCUGCAGACCUUGAGUGUCGUUCUCGGAGAAAUCAUACGAAGAUUGUUCUUACUGUCAGAGGAGUUCAGACACAGACACUCGCGAUACCGAGGAAAGUGGAAGAGAGUUUUUCAGGCAGUUUUCCCUUUCAAUUAUUGCAAGCGUGUUUUAGUCGCUGCUAUCGUUUCCACUUUCAUAGUAUGCUGCCAUCAGUUGUAUGAACGAUACGAAAUAUUGUCUCGUCCAGAUUUCGUCAUUUUGUUUUUCCUGAACUCUUUGCUGGUUGGUCAGUUGUUGUUCCUUCUGGGCCUUCGACAGCUCUCUCCCGUAGAAACAUCGGAUUUGAUUGAAAAGGAAAACAAGAAUGUAGCCGAUGGGCUGGCUUGGGGCUACUAUUUUGGUUAUCUUAGGCUGGUGCUACCGAAACUGAAAGAUCAGAUUGGUAAAUCAGAGCUUUUUCGUAAUGAAAUAACAAAGAAAAAGCUUUUCAUUUUACUACCCAAAACGUGCUUCACCUGUGCUGACAUCGUUGAAGCAGAUUCCAGGGUAGAAUCGGUCGGUCAUCUCCCAGAGCUUAAAAUUAAUAGGGGUGGAGUUAAGGAAAGAAUUUACAAGCAUUCGGUAUAUAAGAUAGAAAUGCCCCGCCCUGAUGGAGCAGUAGAAAGGUACCACGUUAUCUUGGAGUAUGGCACACCUCUGAUGAACCUUUAUGAUAUGUCUGAGCAUGCAGACGCCUCCUUUAAUCGUGAGGAGCGGGAUCAUCAGGUGGUGUUAUUCAUCCGAAAAUUGACAGAAAUUCUGGAUAAAUCCGAAGAGUGCAGAGGGACUUGUGAGUUGGUGCCAAUUUCAGGACGUCGUUCACAUGAGAUCUCAGAUGUCCUGAUUAGGAUGCAUAAUGAUCCCAGCAUAGAGGUGCACAAUCCAGCAGUUAAUGGAGUGCACAGACCAGAACAAGAACAGCUCUAAACAAAAUAAUGCUAGCUCAGUGUAACAAGAGACUCAGUCCGGAAGUUGCUGAUAUUUUACAAGACAUGCAAUAUAGUAAAUGAAAUAUUCAUUUAGUGAUACAUGUAGGAAUGAGAAGCCUUUCAAGGGGCACAGAUGUUCAUUCAUCUCAUGGCUUAUACUUUUACUUCACCCAUGUAGGACACCACUUGAUGUUGGUUAAGGACACCAACAUUGUGUUUUAGAGAGGGUAGCAAGGGGACAGUCCUCAUUUCUCAGAUUUAGACACAGCCUUUCAUUUGUGUUAGUGGAGAAGUAAACAGCCUAAUUUUUUUCACUCUUCCCUAUAGCCGAGCAGAUUACACAGUUUGUAGUGAGCCCUUAAUGGAAUAGUAAAGUAAAGAUGAACAGAAGUUUAAAAAACAGGCUGAAUAAUUUAGUUUUUCUCAAUUGUCAUUUGUCUUUGCUUUGCUCUGUGAAAUACUUAAAUUGAUAAUUGUUGUGCUCUUAUUCUGUAAACAUAUUAAUUAAACCUUUACAUGUUUAUAUCAGUAUGCAUAUUCUUCAUACUGUUCUCAAUUGCACAUUUCCUUAGGUACCAACAAGGAGAAUUUGUGUUUCAAUCCCAGCUUGGUCUUUAUAAUAAAUAUUUCAGUAGUAUUGCUUCAAGGAGAAAUUUGAAACUUGUUACUCUUAGGAUUUAAGGGGUUAAAAAAUAAAA